AUGGCGGUCAAUGCAGCAAGUUUUGUACACAAAAAUUGUACUCAUUUGACGAGAUUUAACUUGCUAAGCGCCUCAACUUUUAUAUAUAAACAUACCUCUAGAUGUAAUUACUUUAGUGCGCAAAGCACAUCCUGUAUACCUGCGCUUGAAAAUCGACAAAAUCGCCGUAUUUGUCGCAAAGGAGUGAUAGACAGGCGGCAUAAAGUCAAUGAUUUUGUUUUUCGUUGUACAAGCACGGAUUCGACUACUUUGGCUGGCAGAUUUCAAAAGUUUAGAAAAAUUUUAUAUGAUUUUUAUCUGGGAGGCAAGCGCUUGUUUCAAGAUGUUAAAUUGACAUGGAAAAUCAGACGAAAACUGCGCGACAACAGUUGGGAUUAUGAUGUAUUGCAGAGAAAGGAGUUAUGGAAAAUGUUUAAGGUGAUAAUGGAUACUCUUGGUGAUAGAUUAAAAAGUUUGUGAUUAAAUUAUGUAUUAAUAAAACGUUAUAUGUUUUACAAUUAUGUAGACUCAAAAGAAUAUAAAAAAGACCUUGCCAAUUGUAGCUUUAUCUUGCUUGCCUGUGAUUGGUUAUCUUGGUCCAAUUAUUGGGUAAAUACACAAGGAUGUCAACUGUGGGGAGGUAAUGUAACACCCCAAUAUUUUUUAAGUUCAAAAAGUUGGUCAAAGUGGAAAAUAUUUGGUCAAAAUAAUUGGUCACUUGUUAGUUUUUCAAAUUGUUUUACAUUGGCAAAUAACUAUAGUCAUACUCAAAAGUGCAAAGAAAAAGAAAUAUUUGGGGAAAAAGAUGCCUCACAAGCAUUCAGUUUUUCCAUCACAAAUUUGAUGGAGUCAGACUUUUAAAACAUUUGUCCAAAUGUUUGCCAAAACUUGGCCAAAAUAUCAGGGACCCCAAUGUUAAUGACUUUGUGACGUCCCUGUUAGUACAAGACAAUUAGCUGCUUGCUUGAAUGAUAUGGCUAUUAACUUGUUUCUAUUGAAAUUGCUUGUGAAGCUUGUCAGUUAAAUGUUGUUUCUUUACUAAUUGUACAAACUAGUUACCGUAAAUAAUAUUGUUCAUCAUAAUUUCUUUCACUGUUUUAUGACUAUUUCCAUAUCUUGAUUGAAUAAAAAAUAACUUCAAAUUUUUUAUUUGUUAAAGAUUUUUGAGGCCACGACAAUUUCUAUCCGAUCAUUUUUGGACAGCAAAACAAAAAGAGAAAUUCACAGCAUUGGACAGCAAGGAGAGAGCAGAAUGCCGGAAUUCCAUAUUUAAUAUCAUUAACGAAGAAACAAAAAAACCUGGAAGUAAAGAACUUCAGUUGCUGCACAAAAUAACUGCAAGGGUGAGCAAUAAUAUUCAUAAAAAGGGAGGGUGUGAAGUGUUUGUAGAAAAUUACCUUGUACUGUUUGUUUGAUUUAUGGAUACCUACUAUACCUUAUUUCUGUUUUUGAUUUAUGGAUACCUACUAUACCUUAUUUCUGUUUAGGCUAAUCUAGACAGUGAUGCACCGUUUGAAAAGACUUUUAUGGCUUUCUCAAGUGGAAUUUUUGAGUUGGACAGUCUAGCACGAAAACACUUGGUAAGUCCUUCAUUAUACUGUAACGACUGCAACGAGCAAGCAGAGAUGCAAGCAAGCUAGAGAUAGGAGCACCGAUAUAGUGUAAUGAUAUUUUAUAUAAUAAUUAGUAAAAACCUCUCAUUACUUAAGAAGAGAGAGGUUUCAAUUAAGCAAUUGAUUCUUUUUCAUGUUGAUAUCCUUUUUGAGGCAGAGUUAAAUACGGUUGUUUUUGUUGUUUAUAAUGGCUCAAGUUGUCUUGAAAAACUUGAGUUAUGAAAUGAGUUUGAGUUACUGCAACUGCAAAUUACUGACUUGUCUUAAUUCAAAAAUGUCAUCAGAGAGAGAGAGAGAGAGAUUUUACUAUUAGUCUGUCUGAUGAUGUCUCUGAAAUAAAAACGAAAUGUCACAAGUUUGAUAUACUUCUCUUAUUGAUUUCAGCUCGUAUCUUGAGGCUUUUUUUAUAAUAUAUUAAAAUUUUCAAAAUUUCCUUUUUUCUGUAUUUCCUAUUUUUCAUUUGUUCAGCAAAAGUUGUGUUCGUUUUGGAUAAUGAGAUCAUGGUGGCCAUCGUUUAUGCUUAAGAGAAAUCUACAAAAGGAAAUGGUUGUAAUUCACAAAGACGACGUUGCCCUUGCUCGCGAAGGAAUUGAAAUAUUGAAUGAAAAACAGUUGGAAGAGGUCAAUAUAAGUAUUGAUUCACAUUUGUGAUUUGAGUUAAAAACAUUUAUUCUCACAUGAGUUCAGUCGAUUAUUGCGAUUUGUGAGAACGGAUUGGCUGAUCAGAUUGUCUUUGAAUGAUUUUCUAUAUUCUGAUAAGCUUGUAUUCUAAUUUCAACUUAUUUCUUAAAUGAAGGCUUGUCAUGUGCGAGGCUUGGAUACAACUAAUAUUUCCUCAAAAUAUCUUCAAAUUUGGCUUCAAAAUUGGCUGGAUCUUACUAAACAUAUAUCAGGUAUUGAGGUUAUCUCGCACGUUUUGCCCUGCGCUAUAUUUUGAAGGACAAGGAGAACGACAAAGAGAGAACUUUCAGAGAAACAGUCAACAUCCACGUGCACACCAUCCAGCCGUUAGCUAUGUCUAUGGCCGUUAACAGUUCUUGCUCGAAAUCAAGUCAAGAGUGACAUUCAGUCUAGUUUGACGUUCGUAGUUUAAACAAGAACGGAUGUUUCCAUGUUGAAACGUGUGAUGUCCUGACCAUGUUUGGAAAAGAAAACGGCCCGUGCUUAGAAGAGAGGCUAGGAUAUGGCAACACGAAGUGGAAAGUAAACGCAAAGAAAUCUUAGCAAAUUAAUGAAACGCACAAAAUGAUAAUCUUUACAUCAUGGGAGGACAGAAUAGAGAAUAUACAGAAGCCCGACUGGCGACUUUUUGUUUUUCCUAUGAUUUUGGCGUAACCGUAAUUCGUCAUCAAAAUGCUGACGCCAUGGUCCAGGGGCGCUUUCCAUUAGACAUAUUUAGAAAAGACGACGCGACCUCAAAGACGACGUGUAAAUGGCGUCAAAAUGGCGUGGCACAUCCAUAUAUGGACAGAACACGCCAUUUUCACGUCGUCUUUGAGGUCGCGUCGUCUUUUCUAAAUCUGUCUAUUAACACGGCCAGACGGUCAGAACGGUCAAAUUGUUGAAUAGAACACAAAACAUUUGUGAUUUGGGCUUCGGACCUAUCUGAUCAAUCGGAAAAUUUAGAUAACAUUGGAAUGAUGUCCAUUUUCGCUAGAUAUUUGAGAAACAUAGACCAGAUCUUUCCAUUGAUACAGAGAAAAGAAUUCGGGUCUGACCAGUCAGGCCAUCAAAUGGAAAGCGCCUCUAGCCAGUGCGCUUAUGAGAGGCAUUCACCUCCCUGCUAAUAUUCAAAAUGGCGGACGUCCAGGGGGGAAUGCCUCUCAUAUAAGCGCACUGGCUAGGACCAUCGCGUCAGCAUUUUGAUGACGAAUCACGGCGUGGCAGCGGGUCAUUGAACUAUAAAUAAACUGGAAGGCUAACUGCUAUGAUGAAGGCCUAUGAUUUGAUGAAGCCAAAAUAGUUUUUCUGAGUUAUGAGCAGAAAUACUUGACCCCAAACGUUGGGCUAUAUAUCAAAUUGAAGCUAUUGAAAAUUGCUAUUCGGUGUGGAAAUUUCAAGACUUCAGCGAAAAGAAAAAUAUUUAAAAAAUACAAAAACAACUGCAAAACGGCAAAUUAUCGGUAAUUAUGUUUGUAGUUUUUCAAUAUUUCCCUUUUAGCUAAAGUCUUGAAAUUUCUACACCAAAUAGCGUUUUUCAAUAGCUUCAAUUUGAUAUAUAGCCCAACGUUCAGUGUUGAGUAUUUCUGCUCAUAACUCAGAAAAACUAAAAUGCACUGGCUUCAAUUCCCCCCCCCCUGAGUUAGCCUUCCAGUUUAUUUAUAGUUCAAUGCAGCGGGUACGUUUUUUUGGCCGAGUAGAUCUUCUGUGUGUCUUUAUUCUGUGAUGGGAGUCACUCAACUGACGUCAGCAUACACGUCAUAAUGCUCCGCAUAAAACUAUCCAAAGUCGCCCUCAGCAGAAUUGACGGAGUUUUGAAUAAGUAUUAAUGGCGAGCCUCUUAUUUCCUUUUAGAAAAUGAAACCUCAUUUCUUGCUCACCAUGCUGUAUUCAAAGCCAUGAACGUUCAAGAAACGCUAAAAGACAACUCCACGAUAUAA